AUGUUUUGCUUCUCUGACCUUCACAGAAACAGGGCCUGGGAGAGGAAGGUUGAGGUGCAGGAGAAGCCUGGCGUGUCCCCGGCGCCACAGUCUGUCCCUUUGUCUGGAUGAGAGCCGAAGGACCCUCUCUCACCUCUCCUCAUCCUCUCCUCAGGGCAGAGACGGCGGGGAGGAAUGGUCUGGGCGACUCUGCUGAUAACGAAGCCCUUUUCCCCAAAGCGGGGAGAAUGCUCCCAGCCCUCCUUCCAGGUCUGCUACCUGUGCCACAGCCUCCUGACGCUGGCUGGGCUGGUGGUCAGCUGCCAGGACAUUACUCCAGACCAAUGGGGAGAGCUGCAGCUGCUGUGCAUGCAGUUGGACCGCCACAUCAGCACUCACAUCCGGGAGAGCCCCCAGGACAUGCACCAGACCAAACUCAAGGACCUGGCUGCCCAGACCUACAUCCGCUGGCAGGAGCUGCUGGCCCACUGCCAGCCCCAGACCCGGUACUUCAGCCCCUGGGAAGACAUCUAAUGGAGCGGGGCAGGGGUGGCCCAGUGCUCCUGGCUCUGGCAGGAAGUGAACAUGGCCCAGGUAACUGGAGGCGUGAAGAAUGGAGGCCAGGGGAGGACCAGCCAGCUGAAGCAAGCACCUGCCUCCCCCGCUGCCCUGAGCCCCUCCAGGCAAGCGUCCUGCCUCUCACUGCCUGGCUCACCUCUCAGCUCUCCUUCCCUUCCCCACCGUCUCCUCUCCCCAAGACCUUUGUCUCCAAAGCUCUGGUUUCCCUGGGCCUCCUGGGUCCUCCGGCCACCAUCCUCCCCACCCUCCUUCCCCUCUCUGUGUGUCCCUAAUGUGAGGGUUCUUUGUGCACGCUAAAGUCUCA